AGAAGCAGAGUACCUCUCCUCACUGCUGCAUUAAACAAAACCAAUUGACCUCUCCUCGUCCAUCUUCCCUCCCCCACUAUAAAUACUUGCCAUCUCUUUUCCAACCACACCAACGCUCCUAUCAUUCCAACUCUCAGAGUUCUCUCCUUCCAGAGCAUCCCCUCCCUGUCGCUGCAAGCCUCCUGCCUCUCGAACAACAACCUGAGGAUGAGCCGCAGCAACAAGAGGAGCUCAUCAAAGGGCCUCGACCUGAAGCUGAACCUCUCGCUGACGACGAGAGGGGACUCCUCCAACAACAGGGCGAUGGCCAACGACGAGGAGUCGUCCCCGAGCUCCUGCCUGUCUUCGGAGAACGAGCACGGCCUGCAGUGGUCCAACAGCCCCGAGGCGACGUCCAUGGUGCUCGCCGCCUGCCCGCGCUGCUUCAUCUACGUCAUGCUCCCACAGGAUGAUCCUCGGUGCCCCCAGUGCAAGAGCCCCGUGCUCCUCGACUUCCUCCAGGACAAUACCAGCAGCAACAACAAGAGCAGCAACGGCAGCAGGAAGAGCAGGAGGGGGUGAAAGAAGAGAACGGUCAAGAGGCAGCUCUCCUUUGGCAUCAAGAAAAAUGCGUUUAUAAUGAAUGAAGUCCUAGGUCCAGUAGUUCUCUUUCGUUUGGUUGUUUCUUCAGUGUAACCAUGAUAUGUCAGUACUAAGAUCGUGAGGCUGGCAUAUUUCCAUGUGCUAGUGCUGCGAUUUCGAUAUAUCAUGGGUACACUGGGGACUAUAUCCCCUCUCCUGGGUUCUUCUCUAGUGGUUCUAAAUGAAGUAGACUUCUUUAGGCAUAGGACCAGACUUCUUCUCUUCUGUUUCUUAUUUUCAAGACAACAAGAAAAGUUUACCCCUGACGUCGUCUCGAGUCAGGAUGAGAUAA